CCGUUGAAAGUUGUUGCAAUUAAAUUGGCAUGCAAAUUGUACGCGCAGUGCAGCCUUUGUUGUGCCUCGAGCCGAUGGCAUGGCAACGUGCCACAGUAGUUUCAUACUAUGUACUAUGUAUGUAUGUAUAGUAUGUAUAGAGUAAAUAUUUUGUUUACCAUGCGAUUGACAUGUAAUAAGUCCGUUGUGGUUUCACUUGGGGUAUGUACCACAAACACCAGAAUUGUUGAUAUUUCGCAGCAAUUUUCUUGAACUUGACCCAGUCUGGGGCCAACUGAACUGCUCCACUGACUUUAAUCCUUGUUUGUCAUGCAGCCAACGUCGAAUGUUUGCUUUUUCAUGCCUUCACCCAGUAGAGACUACUAAAAUGAUGCAUAAAAUAAAUAGACCUAGCUGAUUACUUAAUUUAUAAACUGAAUGUAUUCGUAUUAACUAAAUGAUCUUUAGUUUAUUCAGCUGAUGUGGAGAAUAGCUUUUUUUUUGGCAUUUAUUGUGUAAACGUUUGGGAUUAUAGACAUAUACGCGACUCAAUAAAAAUGUGUUCGUUUUGGAAAACUGCGGGCGUAGUUGCGUUUUAUAUCUCCAUAGUUUAUAAUUUUUUGCUAUUUUUUGUAAUUCUUACAUUUGUGCUUCGGUGUUACGAUGACUGCGAUGUGGACGAGUUGCCUGAAGGUGAGGCGAUUGAUAAGGACUGCUUCGAAGCGUAUGCCUUAUAUACAUUAUAUGUUCCAUCCCUGGUUGCAGCUCCAAUUUUUGUAUUGACUGAUUUUCGUAAUGUUAUCAAUUUGGAAUGGUGGCUUCUGUUUCAAGCAUUAAUCACUUGUUGCAGUUGUCUUACAUUCAUUUGUUACAAUUCAUUUUAUACCUUUUAUAAUAUUAUCUUCAAUGGUCUUGGCGUAGCUGCACUUAUAAUUUCGUUUAUAAUCGUGACCAAUCAUCUCUUUAAAGUGAGGCGGACUCCAGCACCAGAUGUCACUACAAAUCCAGAAUCUAUACAAUCGGUUGGCUAAGUUGUAAUCAAAAAAUAUUAAAAUUUUUAUGUUCAUUAAUUAUUCUGUAAUUUAUUUAUACUCCCUACAAAAAAUUCUAUAUUAUUUCCAUAUCGUUGUAUUACUAGGAAU